AUGUCGACUUUGGCAGGUGCCUUUAAUGGGCUUAUCGCUUAUGGUAUCACGAAAGAUCUGAAUGAAGUCAAUGGCUGGAAACCAUGGCGCUGGAUUCUUCUGAUUGAGGGUAUAAUGCCUUGUGCAUUUGCUUUUAUCGUACUAUUCCUCUUGCCUCCAAGCCCAGAAGCACUCUCCUUUGGCUUCAGUCCCGAAGAAAAGUCACUAGUGGUGCAACGUUCUCGAAAUGCGCACAAUACAUCAGAAGCAAGACUGGAGGUGAUGAAGAUACCAUUAGUGCUCAUGAGCUUGCAUUUCUGGCUUCUUCUGGCUAUUGCCUGCUGUGGGCACUUUUGUGUUGGUUCUAUGUCGAAUUUCCUUCCGGCGAUUACUAAGAGCUUUGGUUACAAUGAAGUCAAUACGCAACUUUUUACGGUUAUCGUGUACUGCUGUGCCUGUGUUGGCAUAAAAUUCUGGGCCCGGAUCGCAGAUCGAUCUAAUGCUCGAGGACUCACGCUUGCCCUUUCUACAUGCGGCGGAAUCGCUGGAUACGCUAUUGUGGUAGCAGUAGAAAAUGAGCAUGCUCGGUUCGCCGCAACGUGUAUUGCCGCUUUCUCCAUCUACCCUAGCAUUGUGUUGCAACUUUCCUGGUCCGCGAUGAGCUUCAUUGGCUACACUAGAAGUCUUUGCCAUCUGCGGGACUCAGGCUUAUAG